GUUUUCACUUGGUGUCAGGUUGCUUAUGCUCAAUUCAGAUUAUCUGUCAUGCGAGGGUUCAGUUUGUCUGACAUGCAUUGUUAACGGCACACCGGUACAGUAUAAUCCCGAGAUUCAUCUGUGUUGUGAAGGGAUCUACGCUAGAGUACAAAAUGGCCACGAAAUGAGGUGCUGUAUCGCAGACAAAAAGGGGAACAAAUGUUUGAAACAGACCGGCAGCAAGACGAAGUCAGUACUAAAAGAUUACGCAGAUGAUAUCACCAACGGCUCUAACAAGGGUCAUAGAAAAAGCAUGACGUACAUCGAAAAGACGCAAAUGUGCGAUGCUGAACUUAUAGCCGAAAUCAGGAACAUCAUUGAAACGGACAAACGACGCAACUCGAAUGUGACAGAGCAGUCGGUCGCUGGGUCCACCAAAUGUCCGUUAUGUAUAACUGGAAACUAUAAGGGACACAUUGAUUGCAAGAAGAGAAUUCAAUUGAACAUCAUAUUGAAAAAGAUACAAUCAAUAAAACACGGUAUUCUGCUGUUAGAUGUCGAAGUAACGUACCCUCGGUUACGUGCAGGCAAGCGUUUUCAAAUUAAGACUAGAGUGGACUGCCGGAAGUGCUUCAGAGAAGGCGCGGCCUAUGUGAUAUUCACAAACCGAUGGGUAAAUUCCCUGCCAAGAAAAUCACGACUGACUGAGAGGGAUAUAAUAGUUCGGAAAGAUCAACUCUCGUCUUUUUCUUGUAAAAUCUAUCGAUGGGCAAAACAAUAUGGAUUUCCUUCUUGUGAAUGAAUAUUGUGGAUAAAUUUAGGCAGCUUUUAUUUCAUUAUUUAUUAUUUUCAUUGCUAUUUCCGUUUUGUUACAUUUAAGUAGAUCGUCAUUUUAUUUGAUUGACAGUAACAAUGUCAUAUUUGUUACCCAUGAGCGCGGGAGUAGAAUUUAUCACGGUGACAAUAUGUACAUCUAUUCUCAAGGGAACGCACUAAUGUAUCUGACAGAACAUUUAACGCACCAAUACAAUAUAUCAGAUCAGAGGAGCAUACGAUGUAAAAACUAAUUCAAAUCAAGAAAAACUUUCGAUGACAGUGGAUUUCGGUACGCAGGCGUGAAAAACAAUGCCAGUAGUGAUAUAGGAAUCGGAUACACCCGAUCGGUUAAAUAAAUCAAAACUGAAGACUUUUUAAAUUGUAUAUAUUUACUCACAGUUUUGAAAUCGAUUAUCGAUACGCUACACUUUAACAGACGUUUUUUGUGGA